AUGGAUCACAACACCCGCGCUCCUCGCGCUGCCACCAACGCCAUGGACACGGACAGGCUGGCCGCCGAACUGACUGAGCAGUUCCGCCACGUCCUCAGCACAAAGCGAAUCAACGACCUCACAUCUCGCUCAUCUCAAUCCCGCUCCUCAUCACCAGCGCCCCGCGACUUUGGAUCCCCCCAGCCGCCGCCCUCGCAAGCAGCCCCACCGGCCUACUCGUCUAUCAAGAACAUCCCCCUCGUCCCAGAACCCCCACGUGAUGCUCGCUCCCUCCGCUUCAAGAACAUGCUCCACUCGCUCUCCAACAUGCCCGUGCGAUGGGAAAACCCCGGACUACUCGACGAGGCCCUUCGCGUCAUCCCGCUUGAGCAAAUCUACAACGAGGCUGAAGAGGAAAGCCAGAUCCUGCAGGCCGAGGCCGAGAGCAUGGGUGCUGGCAAGAAGGCAGCAUGGGGCUACCAAGACUGCGUCGUCCGCGCACUGCUGCGAUGGUUCAAGCGUUCCUUCUUCUCAUGGGUCAACAACCCUCCCUGCUCGCGAUGCUACUCACCCACCGUUGCCAUGGGCAUUACACCACCACUUCCCGACGAACAGGCCCGCGGCGCCAGCCAGGUUGAGGCCUACCGAUGCUCCAACGACAACUGCAGAAACUACGAGCGUUUCCCCCGAUACAAUGACGCCUUUGUCUUGCUCCAAACCCGAAGAGGCCGAUGUGGUGAAUGGGCAAACUGCUUCAGCAUGCUCUGCCGCGCCGUUGGCUCAAGAGUACGCUGGGUCUGGAAUGCCGAAGACCACGUCUGGACCGAAGUCUACUCUGUGCACCGCAAGCGAUGGGUCCACGUAGAUGCCUGCGAAGAGGCAUGGGAUAAGCCCCGGCUAUACACUGAUGGCUGGGGCAAGAAGCUCUCUUACUGCAUUGCCUUUUCGGCCGAUGGUGCCAUGGACGUCACCCGCCGAUAUGUCCGUGACGCUAAGCAUGCUGCCGAGCGCAACCGCGCACCAGAGGCAGUUCUCCUCUACAUCAUGGAUGAGAUCCGAGCAACACGACGAGCCAACAUGUCCAAACAGGACAAGUUCCGCCUGCAGGGCGAAGACAUCCGCGAAGCCAAGGAGCUCCGUGCCGGUGUCAUCUCAUCCAUUGCACAGGCCGUGUGCAAACUACGACCCGAAGAUAUCAUCAACGGCCAAGUAACACGCCGACUAGAUGCCGAUGCUCAAAAGGCACUAGAAGGUCGUAUGAGCGGCAACUCGGCAUGGAUACGAGCCCGCGGCGAGGGUGGUCAACAGCAAAACCAGCAAGACCCCCGAAACCAACACCCACGAUGA